UUCCGGUAACCUUUCUCCCCUGUUUGACAAGCUGCCCUACAGUUCACCGAGCCGCAUAAUGCCCGACGUUUGCUGCUGCCAUAAUAACCACCCCAUCUAGGUCCGAAAUCAUAUUUCGAAUAAGGAUAUGCUGACCUUUUGUAGUUACUUGUGCUGUAGAAUUUCGUGGCAUAAAUGAUUAGGUCACGAAACUACUCAGGCAGUCCGGGUUUGUGUAAAUGUUUUGUUAAAUAAACCAAAUUUGUCAUUAGUCCCACCAGAUUUCAGUUUGUACUUGCCUCACCAUCUGAUCGUGUCUAUUGCAAACCAUCCCAUGUAACAUAAUCUAAUGGCUGGAUAUAAGUGUAUCUCCUCGCUUCCACUGACGUGAAAUGGAUCCUUCAACCAAGCAGAAUCUUGAUGUCAUCCUGAAAACAUUUCUGUCAGGAGGCAUUGCAGGAUGUUGUGCGAAAACCACAGUGGCGCCUCUUGACAGAGUGAAGAUUCUGCUGCAGGCUCACAACAAGCACUACAAACAUCUAGGUGUGUUUUCUACACUGAAGCAAGUGGUCCACAAGGAAGGCUUCACUGGACUCUACAAGGGAAAUGGUGUUCAGAUGCUGAGAAUAUUUCCUUAUGCGGCCAUUCAGUACAUGUCAUAUGAGCAGUAUAAGAAGCUCAUCAAGACAUUUUCGAUAUCUCCACAUUUUGUGAAACUACUGUCUGGAUCCUUAGCAGGGCUGACAUCUGUACUCUUCACGUAUCCACUGGAUAUGGUCCGUGCACGAUUAGCAUUCCAAGUGAAGGGGGAACACAUGUAUCAGGGGCUGGUGGACACAUUCCGGACAAUAAUCCUGGUGGAGGGAGGCUUCAAGGCUCUGUACCGUGGCAUCAUUCCUUCUAUCCUGGGAAUGGCACCGUAUGCAGGUCUGUCCUUCUAUAGUUUUGAGACACUGAAGAACCUUUGUCUGGACAGGUUUCCUGACCUCUUGGGUUCUCCGUGCCCCCAGAAUACUGGAGGUUUGGUUCUAACACUACCUGCAAAGCUAAUAUGUGGAGGACUGGCUGGAGCCAUAUCUCAGACAGUAGCUUAUCCUCUGGAUGUUGUCCGCAGACGUCUGCAGGUGUCAAUCAUGCUUCCUGACUCUCACAAGUACAACAGCGGCUGGCCCAACACGCUGUACAUCGUGUACAAGGAGAACGGGAUCUGGCAUGGCCUGUACCGUGGUCUGACAGUCAACUACCUGCGAGUGAUGCCCAUGGUGGCUGUGUCGUUCAGUACAUACGAGACAACCAAGAAGAUGUUUGGGCUGGAUACAGGAGCAGACAGGUGAUGUUGCAGGGAUGCUAGACAGACUCGGCAAGAUGGGCCCCGCCAGAGGCUGUAACAGGUUUCUACUUCGCUAUAGGCUGUGAAAUGUCUGUACAAGGGUACCAUUGCAGUGAGCGGGGACUUUAUGAAAGAAAGGGCAUGGAUGAAGAAAUAGAUAUGUGAAUGGUUACUUAAAGUAUUUAAUCCAGGGAAGAAGAUGUAGUGAGAGAAGCAGAAGCAUCUGAUCUGUGCUGCUGAAGUAUUUAAGGAUUCCAAGACUCAAGGACAUGUUGUCUCUAUAUCUAUUGUCAACUUCUGUCCUGGGACUUGGCUUGAUUCAAGCAAUAGUUUAAGAUAUACUAUUAGCAGUGUAGGAAACUUAGCAGAAAAUUCUACCAGACACCAAGACUGGUAACUCUGAAAACUUACCAGCCCUUCCCAAAAGUUGCCAGACCAACUUUAAUUUCACAUUUCAACUCCGCAAUAAUAAAAAAACUAUUAAGUAUCUUUGCUUUCAUAUUUAUUGAAAUGCCCAACAAAA